AUGGCUCUUAUGAGAGACCCCAGGUCCAUUUUUGCCAGAGUGUACAGCAAGGUUGAACCAAUCUAUGCGCUGCUUGGCAUAGCGGCAGAAUGUGAGAAUUCGGCCAAGGUUCCAGAAUCUCUGCGCCCAGACUACAGUCUAGAGACUGAAGAAGUAUAUCAGAAAGUUGCUCGAUUCUUGUCAGAACGCAACGGUUCCCUGGCUAUCUUGACCCGUGCGCGUGGUACCGCUGGUAGUCUUUCGAGGAAACAGGGAUUACAUGACCUCACAAAGCUGCCAUCAUGGGCCACUGACUGGAGUGACUAUCUGGUAUCCAAUAGUGAUAUUUGGACAAGUCUUUCCUGGAUACGUUAUACGAUUUACGAUGAGUCUGUGAUGUUUGGGUUCCCUAGACAAUACGCUGCAUCCCUCAACCAACGACUGAAACUCUUUGAUAACGAAGGCGGCCCAGCCCUGGCUGUCGGAGGCGCGAUAGUUGGAGAUAUUGUGCGCAAGGUCUCUUUUAGCAACAAUGAACAGACCAAAGAAGAUUCCGGGUCUUCCCUUGACUCCAAACUUGGAUCGAUAUGGGAUUUGGCGUUUUCGGUCUUGAAGCCAACCGACGUGGGAGGCUUUGAGUGUUUAGCUGCAUGUUUAAUGGAGGUCACCACCACCGAUCAACACGGACUCACUGGGCGAACGUGGGAACAAAGCUUCAAGGAUGGGUUAACCUACAUGCUGCGUCUUCUUGACAAGGCCGACUUGGCUGGGAGCCAGAACGCAGAAGCCGUGGCCCAUCUACGAAAUCUUGCAUUAGGCGGGAACGCUCAAGAGUAUAGGGUCUUGGCAGGAACAUUUUGCUUUCACAGAUGUUUCAUCAUCACUUCUACGGGGCAUAUCGGCAUAGGUCCCUCUGGUGCACAGGUGGGCGACCACGCUUCGAUUAUUCAUGGCAGCGGAGUUUUAUAUGUUAUCAGAAAGACGGGAGAAGACUUUACGUUUGUUGGUGAACUGUAUCUCGACGGCUAUAUGGAGGGACAGGGACUACAAGUUGAAGAGCAAGUACUGAGACUAACCAAACAGACCGGGGGGAGGUUAAAUUUAAGAAUGUCAAGUUUGGAUAAUAGAAUCCAUUCAUAUUUUCUCAACAUUCGAUGA